UAAAUCUACAUAAAAAUGAGGCACUCCAAGAUGAUUCACAUGAAGGACAGACUCCUUGUGACAUCUCAGCUCAUUGACUUCAGGAGAUUGAUCAUGCAUCCUGCUGUGGUCUUCUUUCUCCUAACACACUCUGGUGGAGGUCAGUCUCAGGUGAUCGGUACAUAUCAGCCAAUAGUGGCAAUGGUUGGUGAUGACGCCAUUUUGCCAUGUCAUCUCAACACUGCUGUAGAUGCUACUAACCUGACUGUAGGGUGGGUGAGACCUGACUUUGAACCAAGAAUUGUCCAUUUGAGGCAUGACGGUGUGGAGCACCAGCUUGAGAAGCAUAAACUAUACAUGGGGAGAAUAUCACUGUCUACCAACGAACUGAAGUGUGGAGACAUUUCACUGAAACUCUCCAAAGUAGAACCUUCAGAUGCUGGGACAUACAGAUGCUUUGUUCCCAAAUUUAAAAUAGAAUCUGUGGUCGUGCAUGCUGUCGGUUCUGUCUCCUCACCUGAUGUAAGGAUUUCCAAAGUCAGCAAUGGAUUGGUGUUACAGUGUGAGUCUGCAGGCUGGCAUCCAGAGCCUGAGGUGUUGUGGCUGGACGGUGAGGGAAAGCUCCUCUCUCCUGGACCUACAGAGACAGUCAGAGGUCCUGAUGACCUCUAUACUGUCAGCAGCAGAGUGACUGUGGAGAUGAGACACUGCAACAGCUUCACCUGUAGAGUCCAACAGAGGAACAUCAACCAGACCAGAGAGACACACAUCCAGGUUCCAGAGUAUCUCUUCAUGGCCCAGUCUAAUGCUGCUCGCAUCAUCAUCUGCUUGAUUGUGUGCAUCCUGUCUGUUGUUGCAGUUGUAUUCAUUGUUUGGAAAAUGGGACAAAUAGAAAAAAAAACCUCAGACGGCAGCACAGAACUUCAGCAUCUGAUGGGGGGAGUAUUCAGAGAGAAGCUCAUGACAGGAAGGGACAACGCAAAGGCAAAACUUGAUGAAGAGUUACAAAAGAACAAGGGAGAACUGCAACAUGUACAACAGGUGAUUACAACACUGAUGGGCCAGAAGGAAGAUCUGAAGAACCAGAGAGAGAAACUCAUCUCACUACUGCGGGAGGACAAUGCAGAGAAAGAGGAGAAUGAGAAGGACCAGGAAAAUAUAGGAUUCAUGGAGAAAAAGACAGAAAAAAAGAAGAAACUUGAAAAGAUCAAAGACGAUGUGGAGAAGAGAAUGAAAGAACAUGGUGACCUGUUAAAGAAAACACAAACACUACUAAAGAUAACAAAGGAGAUGAAUAUUCAAAUGUCGGAAAGGAAGGAAAAACUACAGGCUAAUAGGGAGCAAAUAAAUGAAAACCUGACAGAGAGAGAGAAACAGAGAGAACUUCAGUCAGAGCAGCCAGAGAGAGAAGAGGAAAGGAAAGAUACAGUAUCUGCUGAUCAAUCAUGACAUCAUUUCCUGUUCAAAUCACACAAAGUGUAAACAUUCAGAAAAUCCGAGACAUUCUUUUUAGAUCUGUAGUGUCAUCAGUUUAAGCAUCUACCUGGUUAUUCCAAAGCAGAUAUAAACCCCAUGCACUUCGGUCCAUCUAUUCUCUGAACACAUCCUCCAGGUCAUGUGACUAAAGAAACAGUAACAUGUGUCAAAGAUGAGCAGAGCAGGUUGCUGAACUUUUCUAAAUUUUAGCUCAGCACUCAAAGUCUCUUUAUAGGUAUUAUUGUCUUUCUCAUUGUUGGGUUGCAUGUUGUUGUCUUUUUUAUUACACUGUGCUAUAAUCUUACUUUGGUAUAUUUGUUGUAACUCCACAGGAGGCUGUCCUUUACUGACGUAAAUAAAACUAGAAUUAUACUUUGCAAUUUUUUGUUCUACUAAUUUUUUUUUCUGAUGAUUGCUGCUAUACUAUUAUUUUUGCUGCAUUUGUUGUAAAUUAAUUUGUUGCUGUCCAGAAAUAAUGGGUUUGUACAACAUGUGUAAACAAUACUGAAUAAUUUAUGAAAUUUUGGAUCAGUAUUCUCCAAGAGUUUUUCUUUUAUUAAUGGCCCAAGUUAAGUGUUUUAUUCUUAAAAAACAUAGUUUGAGAGGACUUGGGACAUUAAGGAAUUUAAUUAAAGCUGUGUUACCUAAGUUGUGUUGUUCAGUUUCCUUUGGAUUAGUGUAAACUCUGCCCUCUGGUGGUGAGAUCAGCUCACAGCUGAAACAGGAAGAAACCUGUUGACCUGCAGCAUAAUCAGUCAGUCAAUCAGUCGUUUCUUAUCAACAUUCCCAAGACAACGGAAAAUCAAAUCAAAUGUGCAUAUACUUUUUUUUCUUUUUGCAGACACAGGUGCUUGUGUUUUAUAGUCUAGAAAUAUUUAAUUUUAUUAUCCUGAAAUUGUAUUUAAUAAAGAAUUAGGUUAACUUUU